UUGUUAACAAAAAAUUCGGAUCUUGCCAGAAUGGCGAAGUGUGGGUGUUAUCAUAUUAUAUUUAGGAAUGUCGCAUUUCCAGGCGCCCUGGAAAAGAUCAAAGCUAACAGCUGAUCGGCAGAGCCAACGCUUGCGCUCCAUCCAGUUUAAAAUCGGCAUGAAUGUCCGCGUUCGGGGUGGUGUUAAUUUUAAUAAUAAAUGCUUUAUUUAUGGUAUUCGACGUCUACAAAAAGAUUCUUUUCUUCGAUCUCUAACCUGGAAAAUAUGGCGGGACAUUGCUUGUAAAUUGUUUAAACGGAGAAUCUAUGGCAUUGCAUUUGAAGUGGCUUAUGACAGGAAAGUUCAUCGCCGUAGCUGAGAUCAUCUUAUCUGAAAAAUGCUUAACAGAUAAACUGUUGCAAGAUUGAAAUGAACAAUAGCAUCUCAGAUUAAUUGUACCGCUUGAAAACAGCAUAAAUGCAUGUCGUAGUCGGUCACGCCAUUGCAGAAUUGAAUGAAUGGCUCAAUCAAUGGAUUUGCAGCAAAUGAAAGUAAAACAACCGAGCCUUAACUACUUCUGUUCUAAUACAGGGUCAUUGGCCACGCAUUACUACCUAAAGAUGUCUGCAACUCGGUAUAUGAACUCUUAAUAAAUACCAUCGUUACAUUCAAUGAGCCAACUUAAGAUUCUAAAGAUAUUCCUUGACGCGACGUGCGAUAUUUUCUUCCUGUUCAUACUUUUUCAAUAGGUUAUAUAACGUGGUUGUGAUAUUGUCCGGUGCCAUCCAUUUUUUAAUUGAAACGAAAUUUUAAGGCUGUAUUAAAGAUGCAUUGUCUUAUUUCUAUUAAUGUUUUGGUUAUCACGAUAGUUUUUGAUAAUGUGUUGGUGCGUACAAUAAGUUCGGAUAACUAUACGUGAAAAAUCAGUGCACAAUCUGGAAUUAAAACACUAAAACUCUACAAGUACAAUUUUGCUUAGUGCUAGAUGUUCAAGUGUUAAACCAGCUAUGGCACAGGACCAAAGCAAGAGACACAGUGGUGGAUUCGAUCCUUUAGCUCGUCUGGGAGAAAUUACUAGGUUAUCUCAAUCGACUCCUUCAUCUCCAAGACUUCUUCCGCGUCGCACUCGUGGUAUUACUGGUGCAAGUGCUCAUGCUAGUGCAAGCGGUUCGGUACCUCGUCCAGACUCUGUACAUACUUUCGAAUCGGGUUCUAGUGAUGCGACGGCAGGUGAAGUUGAUUGGAAACAACGAUGUCUGGAAUUGCAACUGGAGCUGCAUAGAACGAAAGCUCAGAGUACCAGAACGAGAGAUAUGCUUCGAGACAAGCUUUCCGAAUUGGAACAAAGAGUAUUGGAAGCGGAAGGCAGGGCGGAAGAAGCCGAGGAUAAGGUGCGAAUAAUGGAACAGAAGCUGGCAUGGUCCGCUAAAAGUGACGCCAGCAGCGCGCAAAUAAAUCGACUGGAAGGAGAAGUCGAAGAACAGCGUCAACUGCGUCUGAACGACGCCAGACAGGUGGAGGCCAAAGCUGCUCGCAUAAAGGAAUGGGUAACGAAUAAACUUCGGGAACUGGAACAGCAAAAUCAGCAUUUACGUGAACAAAAUAUAAAAUGCAAUCAACAGCUUGAACUCCUGCGAAACCACUUAGCUUUAGCCGAUAGACGACGAUCAGAGAGUGGCUCACCUGAACCCAGACAGGUAAAGCUGCCAUUAUCAGCAUCUCCAAACUAUAGUAAUUCCAAACACCGCCGGCACCAGUCCGUAUGCCUAUCAACUAACACAAACUUUGAACCUGUAGUUCCCAGUACCCUUGUAACGAGCGUUAAUUUUGGUACCACCAAUACCAGCAUGGACCCUCUAACUGAUGAGCUGCGAGCCGCAGUGGACAAUCUGAGCAUUGGCAGAAUUCCAAGUAGUAGUGCUAGUGAUCCUGAUUUAGCACAUGAUUAUGCAGAAAUUUACACUCCAAGUAGAGAGAAAGUAACAUGGCCUCGAGCACCGACACCACCUCUACACAGAUUUCCUAGUUGGGAAGAUCGGAUAUAUCAAGUUGCAGCUGACGGCUUGACGCUAACAGGAACCACACCCAGUGAUAUUGGGCCCGAACAAGCAGGAUAUCAGGAUAUUCCUGUUCCUGUAUACGCGACUGUUAAAGGAAGGGCAAGCCAAAUUCGAUCCAUGCCAUUUACGGGCGAUUCAACAGACGAUUCAAGUGAUGGAGAAGGCAACAAUACUCAGGCAGUUGAUGGAACAAACACUCAUAGCCGAAGUUCUGGAGAAACUACCGGAUCAAGCCCUGGAAAACGGACGGCCUCCAGUAGCAGCGGAUCCCCCAGCAAAAGUAAAACACGAGCCAUUUCAGAUAUAUCAUUCGAAUCUGGAUUAUCCGAUGACUAUGCUGUACCUCCAGAUGCUCUCAGUUGUGAUACGGCCAGCUUGGAAUCUUCGAUGAUGCUUAGGGCUUCCUAUUUAGAUAGUCCAAAGAGAAUUGAGAGUUUGGAGAAAUGCGGUUCGUUAGCGAAAUUAGGUGGGAAAUUGAAAACAUGGAGAAAAAAGUGGUUUGUCCUUAAAAACGGUGUCCUAACAUAUUACAAAAGCCAAAGUGAUAUCAACCGAAAACCCCAGGGACAAAUAAUGCUAGAUGAAAUUUGCAAAAUUACGAGAGCAGAAGGCUCAAACACGUUUGAAAUCGACACUGGAAAGAAGACUUAUUAUUUAACGGCGGAUACAAUUACAGCCAUGGAAGACUGGGUGAGAAUAUUACAAAACGUGCAGAGAAGAAACGCAACGAAAAUAUUAUUAAGCAAAGAAGAAAAUAAGCCUUCAGUUCAAGGAUGGUUAACAAAAGUGAAAAAUGGUCACGCUAAAAGAUGUUGGUGUGUUCUAAUAGGAAAAAUGUUUUUGUACUUUAAAGCGCCUUCCGAUACUACUCCUCAUGGGCAAAUAAAUAUGCGCGACGCCCGAGUCGAAGAAGUGGAACAUUUAUCCGACUCAGACUCAGAGGAAAGGGACUCUGAACAGCCAGACUUAACAGUUGGGAUUUUUCCAAACAACACUGGACCCACAUAUAUUCUGUGCCCUGGAAAGCAGGAAAAGGAUGCUUGGUUAUAUCAUCUGACCGUUGCUAGUGGAGGUGGCCCCAGCACAGGAACUCAGUACGAACAACUAAUUCACAAAUUAAUGGAAGUUGAUGGAGAACCGAAUUGCGUUCUUUGGAGACAUCCUGUUUUACUCCAUGUGCCUUGCACUAAAGAUGGUGCAGUCCCGUCCUAUUUUCCUUUGACUAGUCUUCCUACUGAGGCUUUGCAGACAGAAGCAAUUAAAUUGUUUAAAAGCCUUCAACUGUUUUUAUCGGCGGCAGUGGACCAAGCAGGCAUUGAUUACCACGUAGUUUUAGCUCAAAACGCCUUACAACAAUGCCUGGAUUUGCCAGAAUUGCAAUCGGAAUUGAUAUGUGCCCUCAUCAAGCAAACCAGCAAAAGUGUGCCUUUGCCCAAAUUAGGAGUGCAGCAAUUGCUGCUUUGCGCCACGCAAAGUCUAUUCUCGUGCGAAACCAACACGCCGAGCAUAAACAGUACAGCAUCUGAUGAUCAAAUCGCAUUAUCCAAUAUACAGGCAUCCCAAGAAGAGAAGUAUAGAGAGCAUAAGGAAUGCUACAAGGAGCACAAGGACCAUAAGGGACUCCCUACGUUUACCCUGUUGCAAGGAUGGCAGCUCUUAGCGUUAGCAGUCAGCCUAUUUGUGCCCAAAUCGUCCCGGUUGCUUUGGUUUUUAAAACUACAUCUGCAGAGAAAUGCUGACAAUAGAACCGAAUGUGGAAAAUAUGCUGCCUAUUGUGAACGAGCCUUAGAAAGGACGAUAUCAGCAGGUGGCCGAGAACUAAAACCAAGUCGCAUGGAAGUGCUCAGCAUUCUUCUAAAAAAUCCCCAACACCAUUCGCUGCCACACUCGAUGCCUGUUCAUUUGCUCAAUGGUACCUACCACAUAACAAGUUUUGAUGGUUCUACAACGAUUAAAGAGUUCCAAGAUACGCUGGCUCAUGAGAUUGGAUGUCGCAUGAAUAACGGUUUUGCCCUAUUUAGUGAUGAUCCUAUUGAGAAGGACUUGGAGCACACUUUGGACCCGAGUGCGAAGCUUUGCGAUCUGAUAUCGAAAUGGGAAAUCGCAUUGAGGGAAAAGGGUUUAGGAAAGUUCGAAAACAGCAAAGUGAUCCGGUUAACUUACAAAAGCAGAUUGUGGUGGAAAAACAGCUCUCGACUGGAAACAGAUAAAGAAAGAUUGCUUUUAUGCUAUCAGGUUAAUAAGCAAGUGGUAGCUGGCCGAUUCCCUCUAAGCAGAGAACUGGCUUUAGAGCUGGCCUCUUUAAUGGCUCAACUGGAUACAGGGGACUGUCCACUUGGAUCUGGAAAAGCCGUUAGUGCUGGCAACACAUUGACCAGUCAAGCAACAGUAGCGAAUAUCAAGUCAAGUCCAAAAUCAGUAGUAAAUGGCGCUUUCAGCCCUCCGAGCCUACAAAAUUCGUCCACUCUUAGUGCUCUAAAUAAUGUCCAUGGAAUUUUAACGGCACAUUCCAAUCAAGCACUUAAUGCCAUUGAUAAAUUUUAUCCAUACCGCUACCGGGACCAGUUAAAUCAGGAGGGUUUGUCGGAACUUCAAGCCAAAUUACUAGCUAAAUGGAGGGCAUUGAAGGGAAGAACCCAAUUAGAUUGCGUCAGGAUUUAUUUAACGUGUACACGAAAAUGGCCUUUCUUUGGAGCAACACUAUUUCAGGCAAAACUCCGCCAACAGGACUCGCCGAUGGUUUGGUUGGCAGUUAAUGAAGAAUCUAUUACGGCUUUGGACCUGGCCACUAUGCAACAACGACAAGGAUACCCUUACACGAACGUGUUAACUUUUGGAGGUUGUCAAGAAGAUUUUAUGUUAGUCGUCACACAAAAUGAUCAACAGCCUUCGCAGAAACUAAUAUUCACCCUUAGCAAACCAAAGAUUCUCGAACUUACGCUCUUAAUUGCUGAUUAUAUGAACUUGCUUAUUAACAAUCCCGGUACGCCAUUGCUGGGAACUUUAAGUAGAGGUACCAUGGUUUCAGUGAACCAAUCAAUCGUUAAUCAGUCAAUUAUCAGCCAAACGUUGGCUAAUCAGUCUCAGCCGGAUAUUCUUAAGUCUACUCCCGAUCAUGGAGUUCAGAGGUCCGAAUCUAAGCGACGAACUCACGUUGACUCAGGCCUUGCGUGAUACUCAUUAGAACAGGUAGCUUGUAAGAGAUUGUGAAUAUUCAUAACGUGAUAAUUUUUUUUUCGAAUAAGUUCUGAUAGAUUAUUUCCUAAAAUUUUCAAGCAGAAUUUUCGUAAACUUUUAGAUGGAAAAUGUGGUUUGUUAUAGGGAAAAGUUAUGGGUGUCGAAGGAAACAAAAAGAAAAGUGUAGGUAUGUGUAUGUUAAAAGAAUAGUCUGUUUGAUAAAAUCUUUAAAUCGUUUUACAUGAACGAGCAGCUGUAAGUGAAGAUACAGGCUAAUCGUUUACUUUGGUGGCUCUAUGUCGUGUAUGGAUGUCUGUUUUAGGAAUGUGAACAUUUUUACGCGUACCUAUUCGAAAAAUAUGCAAGUGGGAUAAUUACUUGCUGUUAGAAAUAAAAAAAAAAGCGGAGGAAUAAUAAUGGGGAUAGAAGUCAUUUAUUUAUUAACAAUUAACCGGUUGCUUGCUCCCUCAAGCCUGUAACAUUAGCCCCUAAAUAGAAGCGGUUUAAUUAUUUUGCACAAAUACACACAAAUGGGAAAAUCAUUUAUUUAGUCUCAGCCUUGCUCUAAAACUUAUAUUCCUAAACGUUGCCAAAGAACAAUUGAAAUAUAUUAUUAUUAGUAGUGACUUUGUAAUUAUCAGGUGUUAUUGAACUGAAGAAUAUAACAUCGAAAAGUUGACAAUAAACUGUUCCCAAAAGUAAGUAUUUAUUUCACUAGCUGUAUAAAUACAUUUUUUUUCUGUUUACAGUCACACAAUGUAUAUAAGAUCGUACAGUUUUAAUUGUCAAAACAGAACUAGCGCUUUUAGCGAGGUUUAGAGAAUAUUUGCUAAAAUUAUUAUUUUGAUUGUGAAAAUUUUACUGAAAAUGUAACAAUUUUUGCAAGUUUAAUAAAUUUGUAAUGAAACGUUGUAUUAAAACAGAACGUUUUGUUGAAUGUGAAUGAAGCAUGAAAAAAUAUAAAAAUCUGUAAAAAUUAAUGGAUAUACAUUUUUUAAGUUUUGAUUCCUUAUUAAUAGAAACUACAUUAUUCAUAAGCAAUUUACGUUUCAGCAAACAACAACUAAAAUAGUUACACAAAUGUUUUACUAAAACCCGAAAAACUACACUUUUAGUUCAGGAAAAAAACCUGAAUUACACCAUCAAUUCGAACGUUUCUUAUUAUUAUUAUACAAGAGUGUAGACAUUUGUUCGUAAUCUAUAAUUCUUUAUUACUAAAACUGGGCCACCCUAUAUAAGCCACCUUAUAUAUAAUAUAAGUAUCAAUAUAUGCAAAAAAAAUUAAUUCCAUUGAGUUGUAAACAGCUAACUCAACAAAAUCUCCAAACGUUUCAUUCUGAAUUUACUAUUCGAAAAAGUAUUUCGCUUAUACAAUUAAGUUGAAGAAAAUAGUCGGAGUAAAAAAAGGUCAUAUUUGCUUUGUUAUUAUUGCCUCGUGCUAGUAUUAACACAGUUUCAUAGAUUUAACGUUACCUUGAUUGAACUACUUAAUUACUUGUAAUUUUUUAUGUUCUUUGAAGAAUUUCCUUGGCGAUUUAUGUACAACCAAAUUUAAAAUAUUUAUUUUUGCUACGUUCAAGUUACUUCUUCUAUUUUUCAAAUGUUUUACCAUCUAAAUUUUAUAUAAUUGCUACGACUUUUUAUUAAAUAAAAAACGCAUUAUUGGUUUACAACACUAUCAUAGUAAGAGAGCCGCAAGAUGACUAGUAAAUAUGGAUUAUUAUGCUAUCUCAAUUUAUGAAUUUCAAUCUACCACUUGAAUUCGUUUUUCCCCACUUGCAUAUUAUUCAAUCGACAAAAUUUGGUUUCAACAAAAUGAUUUAGAAGUAGCAUUUCAUUGCAUUCAAACAGUAUCUGUUCAAAACAAUGAAAAACCGAAGAAAAAAUUUACGACGCAGAUUUAGUUUCCAUUUGUUCGUUUUAGAUAUUUUCAGAAAACCGAUGUGUUCAUAAAUGUUGAAUCUUAACAGUUACAAAUUUACAAGGUCGCAUACUGGGCAUUGCAAGGGAACUAAAUCUAUCUGAUUUUUUAACUAAAAAUUAAAAAUUGCUAUAGUUUCAAAUUAUAAACCCAGUAGUAUUUUUAAAGUAGUUCGAGAGUAUUACCCAGGACCAAAGAAUAACAGAGUUGUUCAAUUUUAUAUAUUUUAACUUUAUCGACGAAUUCUAGAACUUUUAUUUAAAAAAACACCCCUUAUUAAUGUAAAUGUAUUAAUUAACUUUAAUUUUAAUGUAUUUCUCUUGUAAUUUAAUAUACCCAUAGUAACUAAAUGCAAUUUCGUAACAAGCUGAUAUUUGCCUAAUAUUGUGAUUGUUUUAUUACUUUAUAUUUACCUAGUGGUACUACCAGACAUAGCUAGUUUAUAUUUAUGAAUCUACUUACUUAUAGUAUAUAAUUAAUAUUGUAAAUAUACUUACAUGUAGACAUAGCGAUUUAAUAGCGUUCGAAUAGAAAUGUAUAAAUGAGAGGAGAAUUAAAUUGUAUCCGUUUUAGGGACAGAACGAGCAAAUAGUAGAUAAUAAACGUAUUGGGAUGCCAA